AGUUUUACUAUUUUCUUCAUUCACUCACUAUUUGUGUCAGGUGUAGUGUUAUAAUAUGUAUUUGCUCUAUUGGUGAUCUUAUUGAAAUCAAGCAGUCUCGUCAUUCAGUACAUUAUUAUGCCUGUCUCCACUCAAACUCAAGUUGUGUAAUUGGCGUUAGCUAGCCACAGCAACAACAUUGUGUAACGUUAGUGACCAGCCUGCAGUUGUUAGUAAGCUAGCAUGCAAGGACACUGACACACUAGUCUAACUUACUAUGUUUAUAUAUUUGGCACAUUUUAUUAACACUUUACGAAUAACAAUAGAUUGCUAUUAGUUAACGUUACAACACUAACUAGUAGGAAUGUAAGGGCUCGAUUAAAUCAGAUCCGCAUCUUUAGCCAACAUGAACAUAGCGGUUGUUUUGAGGUGUUGGAGGUGGAACCGUUUAUGGCACGUUCAAAACAACUGGGAACUUGGAAGAAAACGAGCUCCGACUGGGAAUAAUCGUUUUGAAUGGUCAUCCAACUCAGGAACUCGGGCCUAUUUUUAGUGCUCCGACCUGAAGAUCAUUAGUGUCAUAAUUUGACCGCGUAUUUUUCCGAGUUCCCAGUUGUUUUGAACGCGGCAUUAGACCUGUCAAAUCCACAAGUGGCUCCCGGAAUUACAGCUAGAGCGGACAUAGCCAUUGGCUGCAGAGAGUUGCAAAAACAGAAAUCCCAUACAGUCUUGUUUACACAAAUUCGAACACUGGAAUGUGAGAUGUAAUCUUCACCUGGAUUAUGAUGAUAAAAACGUCAUUAUUUAGUUGAAUGAUUUUUCAAUUUUAGCAUUAUUAUUUAUAAAUAGCUAACACGUUCUGGUUCUGAACUUCUAAUGCCUAGUUCAUUCAUUAUAGGCACUGCAUUACGUUGCGCCAGAUGCCAUUAAUCUCUCUUUUGUGUCCUCUGAGAUUCCCAAAGAUUGGAAAGCAGCUGCAGUCAUCCCCCUCUUCAAAGGGGGGGACACUCUUGACCCAAACUGCUACAGACCUAUAUCUAUCCUACCCUGCCUUUCUAAGGUCUUCGAAAGCCAAGUAAAAAAAACAGAUUACCAACCAUUUCGAAUCCCACCAUACCUUCUCCGCUAUGCAAUCUGGUUUCAGAGCUGGUCUUGGGUGCACCUCAGCCACGCUCAAGGUCCUGAACGAUAUCUUAACUGCCAUCGAUAAGAAACAAUACUGUGCAGCCGUAUUCGUUGACCUGGCCAAGGCUUUCGACUCUGUCAAUCACCACAUCCUCAUCGGCAUCGAUAGCCUUGGUUUCUCAAAUGAUUGCCUCGCCUGGUUCACCAACUAUUUCUCUGAUAGAGUUCAGUGUGUCAAAUCGGAGGGCCUGUUAUCCGGGCCUCUGGCAGUCUCUAUGGGGGUGCCACAGGGUUCAAUUCUUGGACUGACUCUCUUCUCUCUAUACAUCAAUGAUGUCGCUCUCGUCGCCAAACCCACUGGCUCCAGGUCAUCUACAAGACCCUGCUAGUUGUGCUGCACAUGAGAAAAUGAACACCAUGAUGUCCCCGAAGGCUGAAGAUGUCAGACAGGGGAUCUCUGUCAUCUGUGAGAUCUUGAAGUGUCCAAUAUGUUUGGAAUUGAUGAGCACACCUGUGUCUACUAAGUGUGACCACCAGUUUUGCAAGUUUUGUAUAAUGAAGCUUUUGGAAAGCAGUAGGAGAAAGGAGGCCAAAUGUCCAGUUUGUAAGACAAAGAUCACAAAAAGGAGUUUGCAGGAGAGCCCUGGGUUUCAGAAAUUGGCCGAGGGAUUGCAGAAUAUGGUCCAGGCCUAUGAACAUGACACCUGCACAAACUACUUCACUGGAAUGUCCCAGGUGAGGAGACAUAUGAGUGUCACAGAGACUGUGCAGAAGAAAAACGGGCAUGAUGUCUCAUCUGAUGACGUGUGGGCUAGUGACCGUGCUGAUGACGAGGAUCAUGAGUUUUCAAUGUCCUGCUCAUCGACUAUAGCAGCCAAGGAUGGCUUUGCAACGCUCAUGGGUCUUGAAGAUUCUUGCCCUGUCAUUUCGGACGAGGGGUUUGACAGCAGCCUAGGUGACAUACCUCCAGCCACUGAAAAGCAUACCGGUGACUCUAAAGCUACCUCCACCACAGAAAAACAGAAGCCAGCAUUAGAGGCAGAAAUACCUGAGGUUGGUGAAAGAGCUCCUUCACGACCUCAAAAGCUUGGAAAAAAGAUAACCACUCAUCCUCAAGAUCCACCAUGCUGUCCUGAAAAGGUCAGAAACCAACCUGUCAGACGAUCCACGAGGAAUAACAAAAGAGAGUCCUUGACCGAAAUGAUUGACCAGAAUCAGAAGAAAAGUCUAGAGAAAGUCUCUGAGUGGCUCAUGAAUAAUUCCUCAACGGAAGUAAACUCUGAGAAGGAGAAAAACACAGAGGGCUCUUAUGACUCAGUUUCUUUGGCAGGAAGUUGUUCCCCCUCCUCACCCAUAGAGGAUAACCUCAUAAAUAAGGACCAGAGUCCAAAGAGAGAAGAGCGUGGCAAAUGUCUUGAGGAGCUGGUAUUUGGGGCUGUUUACAAACGGGAUCGAAGAGGGAAUCGCAGUUUUUCACCACAGAAUAUAGCGAUCACAGACCCUCCACCACCCUGUCCAGCUGAGGAACUCCAGAUCCUGAAGAAGAUUGCCAAAAGGAGGAUGAGAAAUAAACUGACACCUGCUGACUUUGUCAAGAGACCAAGAUCUGAGGAGAAUGAAGAGAGUGUUAUGGAUGACCAACCAGAGAUGACAGAACCACAAGAGGAUUCUCCCAAUGAACACCCAAAAGAUACUGAAGAAGAUAAGUUGAUUGACCUGACUGGGGAGCUGAAUUCUAAUAGCUCUGACAAGCCAGGAGAAGAGCUUGAUGAGUUGCCGGAAGGUGACAACAAAGAGAAUGAAGAUGUAGAGGACAGUCCUGUGUUUGAUGUGCCACUACGGGAACCUGGGAGGAAGUCAAAUAAAAAGAUGCACGGUAGGUGGCAGGACGUUGACGGGGAUUUACAAGGGAAAGUAAAGUCGGAGAAUAACGAGCAAAAAAAGCCUGCCAAGAAAAAAGGGGAAAACAUCAAGGUGGAGAAGAGCAAGGCAACCAAAUCCUUAGUCCUUGUGGGUGUCGGAGAGGGUGGAAGUGACUCUAAGAUGCCUAAGAGCAGACCGUCAGGCCAGACCGAGGUUCAGAUUGAGAGUUACCCUAGCAGUGAGGAUCCAGGAAGCCCAAUCAUGAGGAGAACCAGGAGGAGUCGGAGGCUUCAGCUUUUCACGGAGGAAGUACAAGGGAGUAACAAGAUCGGCACUGCAACAUCCACAAAGGUUGUCGUUCAGCAAUCAAAGGAGGCGAAAGCUGACACCGACAGGGAUAAUGUGGCGUGUUUGCAGAACCAAAAUACAGAAAAGGCUGUCAGGAAAAACGGAUGUGUUUUAGAUGAAGAAAUGGGAGGUAUUGAGAGCUUGGACUCUAGCGAGAAAAGAUUGUGUGAAAUGAUUGAGUCACAGAAAGUGAACCAAGUUGAGGAGUCUAUUGUCGAAGUCCCAAGUACAGGAAGUCCUUGUCACGCUGAUGUUGCUUGUUCAGUGACUAUGGUACCAAGUUCAAUUAGUACCCCUGAGGCAAGUGUCUCAUGUGCCGUGCCUGAGAGUGUAAACCAAAGUAAUCCGGUUAUCAAACCAUUAGAUGACUUGAGAUCAAAUGUACCACAAGAGACGUCAGCCAGCCAGGCCAAAUGCAUUGAUCUGGAUGAGGAUGUCCGGAAUGACAGUGAGCUGGACACUGAGCAACUGCUGAAGAGCUUCAAAGCCACCAAAAGGAAGUCCUUCCACCUUGGUAGUCCAAAUAUCAAGAGGAGUUCCUUCUGGUCCAACAAGGAGAUUAAAACUCUUACAAAGACUCAAGAGAACAAACAUGUUGGCACAGAUAUGGAAGCAGGAAAUGGGCAGGGAUUUUCAAGGACAACGGAGUGUCCCACAGUCCAACAGGAAUCUGAGAAAGGGACAAUAUUCGAAAAUUCUUGCUGUAGUGAUUUGAGCCCACCUUCAAGUUCCCUCAGCAAUAUUUCACAAGAAAAGGCGCAGAGGAAUCGUAAAAGGCUCAGAAAAUCCAUUCUUACCAGACCACCUCAGGAUUUAGUGGAUUCUUCGAACCCUGAUACCAGUGGGAAGACCCAGAAACAGAUUCUGUCCAGGCUUUCUGGCAACAGCUCAAAAAGUGCCCUCAGUCCUAACAAAGUCACAAAAAGCCAAAUGGAAUCUCCCCACCAAGCUGUGGGUUCUGGUCUGCUCUUUCCAGCUUUUGGCGCCUCUAAGGAAGAUCUACCAGAUCCGACACCUGUAGCUUCAAAGCAACUUAGAGUCCCUAAAAGUCAGCAGCCAUACAAAGUGGAGGGCAGCAUGAGUAAAAGUCCAACAGAACUGGAGAGUAGCCACAGUGUUGGAUCAGAGACGGCAGUGGAGUUAAACAAAACGUGUCCAGAGAACAUGACUGGAAACAUGGCCAAUACAGAGUCCUCCUUGACUCCAGAUGGCCUCCUUCCAAUUAUCCAAUCAGUAGUUAUCCAAGAGGCGCAGAGGACUAAAAGAUGUGGUGUGGUCAGCUUGCACUCUCCCAUCAAGAGCACCCUAAAGCGGAGGAAGGCUCAGAGACUGGAGUCUUCCUCGGAGUCCAACUGCAGUGGGGAGGAAGAGGAACUGCCUUCCCUUGCGCAAAUUUUCAGACCUUCGGCUUGUCCACCAACCGCUGAGGAGGAGGAGGAAUCAGUCACAUUGCUCAAAGACCAUGCCAGGGAACAAGGAAGCUACAGGGAGGCUGGUGAUGCAGCUGAAGAUGGGCAGCGAGCGAGCAGUCCUCCCAUGUGCCCCAGUCCCGAAUGGGUCACCACCAGCCAGGCAUCUGUGGAUCUGUUUGGAACACCAGAAGAAGCUGAAGGAAUGGCAGGUGACACUGGCCUGACACAGGAAUCAUCACAAUUUUCAAGCGAGUGUAUUGCCACUCAGCAAAAGGUUGCGAUGCAGGAGGAGCUGCGGAGGCUGGAGAGAAUGAUGGCGUUGGUAUCUGAAGCGCUCCAGGAGAAGGAGGAGGAGGAGCCCACUGGGGCCAAAGUCUACCCCGGGGCCCCAUAUCCCCCAGCGCUGCUUCAACCAGACAGGUCCACAGUCUCCUCAGGCCUUGAUCUCCAGGUGACCCUGCCGUGUGGCCAGGGCACCAGGAAGAGAUCUGCCAGCAGGGAAGGUGCCCAAAACAUUGGGGGAAAUGCAGCCUCACCGCCCCCUGGUCUUGGAGACUGUGAGGGCCUUGGGCCCACCCCCACCACGCCCUGCCGCACCAAACAUGAGGGACCUGGAGGGACUGGAGCAGGGCGGCUUGGCAGACAGUCAGGACGGAGCCUAAGGAGCAGCAUGAGAGCGAGGCCCAACCAGGUGUCGCCAGUGGUCAGAGUGCACAGCAGGACCAAUGCUCCCUCAGCUGGGCUGGAGGUCCAGGAUACCCCGGUGGUCAUCCAGCCUGCCAACACACACCCAUCAACACACACUCCACUGCGGGAACCCGCUGGGGUCAAGUUUGUGCUGGUUGCAUCAGGACUCGGUGCACCUGAACAGUCGAUGGUGAAAAAGUUUGCCAAGAGGAUGGGAGGCAGUGUGUGUUCAGAAGUGACGUCCGAGACCACCCAUGUCAUCAUGAACACAGAUGGUGAUCUGGUGUGUGAGCGCACGCUCAAGUACUUCCUGGGCAUCGCAGGCAGGAAGUGGGUGGUGAGCUUCCAGUGGAUUUCCGAGUGUUUCAAACAAGGGAGAGUCUUAAAUGAGACGCCAUUUGAGGUGCGAGGAGACGUUGUGAACGGACAUGAUCACCAAGGGCCCAUGAGAGCACGGACCACAGGGGACACAAGUCUGCUGAUGAAGGAUUACGAGAUCUGUUUCCAAGGCACUUUCACCGAUAUGACCACUGGUCAGAUGGAGUGGAUGGUGGAGCUUUGCGGCGCAACAGUGGUUCAAGAGCCUCUUCUCUUCACUGGUGAACUGAAAACUCGUCAGCUAAUAGUGGUACAACCAGGCUCGGACCAAUCACCAAUAAACUACCAAGCCCUCCAGAGGAUAGCCACGGUCAUCACCCGUGGUUGGGUAUUUGAUUCCGUGGCAACCUACACCCUUCAAAGCCUCGACAACUACAGAACGUAACCUUCAGACCUGGUGUCACAUCCAAAUCGCUCCGCUGGCCUGGACCCACUCCACUCAGUUCAUUGGUGUGAUACACAAAUCGUUCCCUGGUCUGGAUCCUGUCACUAGAGGCAGUCCCCGGUGUCACGUCCAAGUGGCUCCCUUGCCACCCUCUUUCUUAAUACAGUGCCUUCAGAAAGUAUUCAUACUCCUUGACUUAUUACACAUUUUGUGUUACAGGCUGAAUUCAAAAUGGUUGAAAUAUUUUUUUCUCUCCCAUCCACACAUGAUACCCUGUUAAUGGCAAAGUGAAAACAUGUUUUAAAAAAUGUUAGCAAAUUUAUUGAACAUUAAAUGCAUAAAUAUUUAAUUUACAUAAGUAUUCACACCUCUGAGUCAAUACUUUGUAGAUGCACAUUUGGCAGCGAUUACAGCUGUAAGUCUUUCUGGGUAAGUGUUCUUUUCAAAAUUCUUCAAGUUCUAUCAAGUUGGUCGUUGAUCGUUGCUAAACAUCCAUUUUCAGGUCUUGCCAUAGUUUUUCAAGUAGAUUUAAGUCUAAACUAACUCAGCCACUCAGGAACAUUCAAUGUCUUCUUGGUAAGCAACACCAGUGUAGAUGUGGCCUUGUGAUUUAGGUUAUUGUCCUGAUGAAAGGUGUCUGGUGAAAAGCAGACAGAACCAGGUUUUUCUCUCGGAUUUUGCCUGUGCUUCACUCCUUUCCCUUUAUUUUUUAUCCUGAAAAACUCCCCAGUCCUUAAUGAUUACAAACAUAUCUAUAACAUGACAUAGUCACCACUCUCCUUGAAAAUAUAGAGAAUUGUACUCAGUAUUGCGUUUGUUUGUUUUCAGGACAAAAAGUGAAUUGUUUCGGCAAUUUUUUUUGCCGUAUUACUUUAGUGGCUUAUUGAAAACAGGAUGCAUGUUUUGGAAUAUUUUUUUGUGCAUGCUUUCUCUUCACUCUGUCAAUUAGUUUAGUAUUGUAGAGUAACUACAUUGUUGUUGAUCCAUCCUCAGUUUUCUCCUAUCACAGCCAUUAAACUCUUAACGGUUUUAAAGUCACAAUUGGCCUCAUGGUGAAAUCUCUGAGCGGUUUCCUUCCUCUCCGGCAACUGAGUUAGGAAGGACGCCUGUAUCUUUGUUGUGACUGGGUGUACAGAUACACCACAGCAAUAGGUACCCUUUUGCGAGGCGUUGGAAAACCUCCCUGGUCUUUGUGUUUAAAUCUGUUUGAAAUUCACUGCCCGACUGAGAGACCUUACAGAUAAUUGUGGGGCACAGAGAUGAGGCAGUCAUGAAAAAUAUCAUGCUAAACACUAUUGCACACUGAGUGAACCCAUGCAACUUAUUAUGGGAACUUAUUUAGCCUUGUCCUAACAAUACUUAUUGACUCUAGACAUUUCUGCUUUAAAUUUGUAAUUAAUUUGUCAAAUGUAUGGGGUAUUGUGUGUAAGCCAGUGACAUCUCAAUUUAAUCCAUUUUAAAUUCAGGCUGUGACACAACAAAAAAAAAUGGAAAAAGUUGAGAGAUGUGAAUACUUUCUGAAGCCACCGUAUGCCUAAGAGAUAAUCCAUGAUCAACCAGUUCAAAAGAUCACGGCACUUUACCCCAUCCCCCUGGGGUUGACUUGUUUUUGUCACCAUGACUACAUGACUUCCUUUAAAAUAGUUGUUAUGCAGUCGCUUUGUGUUAUAACUAAACUCUGUGUGAUGUACAUGAAUGUAAUGUUCUCUUACUUAAAACAACUCGCAUGGAAACAAAUUAUAUAUUUUUGUACCCUGUGAGAAUGAGAAACCAAUGACCUGAAGAGAGCCAGAGGCUGGUGUUUUGUUUUAUAUGCACGCAUACAUGCGCACAUGUUCGUACAAACACACACGUGUAUAUAUUAACACACACACAGGGAAAGCGAACAGGAGUCUUUAAUAGGGUGGUGCAACAUUGGCGUCUUUUGCCUCCGUUCUCCCUCCCUCUCUUUUUCCUCCGAAAAGCCUGACAUACCCUGAAAACAAAGAAAAGGGGGGCGCUUGUGGGGCUCACAGGACUGUUACGAAAUGUUCUCCAGUAUUUGACUUUAUACACUUAACUGUGCUUCAGGCCAGAGCAUCUCUCAGUGAAUCAGUAGCAUAUUGCAAGAGGGGGGCCCAGCACAAAACUGUUCUAUGGGGUAGGAAAAAAUACCUUUGUUUGAGGCCCGGGAGCUCCAACUGGCUUAAAACCUUUUAUCAGACACACUUGUUGUUUUGCGCCAGCGUCAUCUGAGUGUUUUCUUUUCAGAAAAACCUAUUAGUAUUUAUUUACCUUGACUUCCCGGUACGCUGUUCUCUUCUCUCAAGGUCUCAUGCAUUUUAAUGUUGAAGAAGCUUUUUACCCCUGGUUCAUUAAAGCCCACUAUGUGUAUCCUACAAGGCUUUCAGACCCCUGUUCACUAGAUAUCCCAAACAAGACCAGCGUAGAGAGAGGGGGCGUGGGGGGAGCAGGAAUAUGCUCUGCCAGUAGCAAGCGUUCUACUGAAUUAUUGAACAGGCGACAAUUGGGAAUAGAAAGGAAGAUAGCGAGGGUAGAGAUUGAGAGGAGUGGAGAGGACCACAAGCACAUUAAGGGGGCCAAGGAUGGCCCUCGUCCAUAAAUUGAGAGCCUGUUGCAAUUCUGUGACUAAGUAACCCACCGUGACUAGGGUAGCCUGACAUGGUUUGAGACCUGAAGACUUGAGUUAGCUCCCCCGAGCUGAUGCUUAGGUUUAGCUCAACAGGCUAACACAGUCUUGUGGCGUGCAGGUUAUCCGGGUUGCAUACCUGGUUGGUCACAUAAGCCUGAGAGGUUGUUCCUGAUGGACAAACCUGGUGGUGUCCAAAAUAUUGUGCUAUGAAGGACUUUGUAGCACAAUAGCACGGUUAGUGGCAUGUGGUAAAGUUGCAAUGUAAAAACCCUAGGGGGACUGUUCCAUCCAAACUCAUUUGUAUGCACCCAGGGUAUUAAAUACCAAAAUAACAUUCCACGUGUGCUGCGGACAAUUUAAUCGAUAAUGAGAAUGUUUCAAAAAAUAAAAUAUUUAGAUUUUUUUACUCAACACAUUUGGGUACUAACCUCAAUGGUAGCUGGAAGGGACUAAUUGUUAUCUGAUUUUAGCUGUCACCCUCCUAUUGAAUGGAUAGAAAUAAUGAAUUUGACUUAAACAAGGCGCCAUAUGCUAUGGAUGCAUCAGGUCAAGGUCAAUGAGAAUCCUAAUAGUUGGAAUCCAUGCAUAGGAACAAAGGACAGUUAGUUGUGUGGCGUGUUGUAAUGGAGCGCCGUUCCUGCUGUGAGAGACAGAAGGCCUCAUGUCUGUCUUGAAUCUAAUUGGACCCCAAAGGGUGACAGUAUCUCUUAACGAUCAUAUAUGGAGAAAGCACCGUCUAAAUAAUGUAUUGAAACCAGACAAAUGUAUGCAAGACAAAAACAUUGAUAUGCUUAAUGCUCUACCAUAUGUUUGGGAAUGUUAUAUGUGUGUUAGUCUGCCAUCACAAGAUUCAGCGAGAGCAUAUGACAGGGGGACCAAGAUGGAAAGUUGGUCCUGAUUCCCAGUUAUAAGCUUGUAAUAAUAUCCCUAUAUAGGGUUGUACUUUUAUGGUAGACCGCACUGAAGGAAGAGUGACACCUCAGGGACGUCUCUCCCCUCUUCGCGGAGUCCUACCCUGUAGACCGCAGCCUACUCCAGGUAGAAGUUGGGUUAUAAAUAUCGACAGAGACUUUGCCUGAGCUGCUGGAAGUGUUUCGCCUGCCGCUGGUUUAUUGAUUGGCGGUGCCCACAGGGCCUGCUAUACUACUUUAUCGUCUGCUGUUUUAUACAUUAUCGCCUGCUGAGGGAAUCUGGAAAGGUUUUCAUCAAGAAGUCGUGAAUUAGACGGGGUGAUAUUAUGCAUGUAUGCACACUCGUGCAUUGUUUUAAAUGCAGUCUUCUGCACAUAUACGCUAUAUAUACAAAACUAUGUGGACACUCCUUCAAAUUAGUGGAUUGGGCUAUUUCAGCCACACCCGUUGCUGACAGGUGUAUAAAAUUGAGCAUACAGCCAUGCAAUCUCCAUAGACACGUUGGCAGACUGUCCUUACUGGGGUCUCCCGGGUGGCGGAGCGGUCUAAGGCACUGCAUCGCAGUCCUUGAGGUGUCACUACAGACCUUGGUUCAAUCCCAGGCUGUGUCACAGCCGGCCGUGACCGGGAAACCAUUUACAUUUAACAUUUAAGUCAUUUAGCAGACGCUCUUAUCCAGAGCGACUUACAAAUUGGUGCGUUCACCUGAAGACAUCCAGUGGAACAGCCACUUUACAAUAGUGCAUCUAAAUCUUUUAAGGGGGGAGGGGGUGAGAAGGAUUACUUUAUUACUUUUAAACCCAUGAGGCGGAGCACAAUUGGCCCAGCGUCGUUAGGGUAGGGUUUGGCCGGCUGGGAUUUCCUUGUCCCAUCGCGCUCUAGUGACUCCUUUUGGCGGGCCGGGCCCCUGCAAGCUGACCUCGGUCGCCAGCUGGACGGUGUUUACUCCGACACAUUGGUGUGUCAAGAAGCAGUGCGGCUUGGCAUUAUCGUGUUCUAGAGGAAGUAUUGCUCUCGACCUUCGCCUCCACCGUGUCUGUAAGGGAGUUGCAGCGAUAUGACAAGACUGUAACUACCAAUUAAGGAGAAAAACGGGUAAAAGUAAAAACAAAAAAGUGACUUUCGAUGACUUUCAACGUGACACCGUCAUUGUCAUUGUUGCACCGAGCAACAACUGCUCAGCUGCAAAGUGGUAGACCACACAAGCUCACAGGAUGUGCAGCAAUGUGCUGAAGCACCGAAGCGUAAUGGUCUCCUCGGUUGCAACACUCACUACCGAGUUCCAAACUGCCUCUGGAGGCAACGUCGGCACAUGAACUGUUAGUUGGGAGCUUCAUGAAAUGAAUUUCCAUGGCCGAGCAGCCGCACACAAGCCUAAGAUCACUAUAUGCGUAAUGCCAAGCGUCUGGUGUAAAACUCAACACCAUUGGACUCUGGAGCAGUGGAAAUGCGUUCUCUGGAGUGAUCAAUCACACUUCACUAUCUGGCAGUCCAACGGUGGUCUGGGGCCGUUUGUCAUUGUUCGGGCCAGGCCCCUUAGUUCCAGUGAAGGGAAAUCUUAAUGCUACAGCAUACAAUGACAUUCUAGACUAUUCUGUGGUUCCAACUUUGUGGUAACAGUUUGGGGAAGGCCCUUUCCUGUUUCAGCAUGACAAAGCCCCCAUGCACAAAGUGAGGUCCAUACAGAAAUGGUUUGUCGAGAUUGGUGUGGAAGAACUUGAGUGGCCUACACAAAGCAAGUCCCUGCAGCAGUGUUCCAACAUCAAGUGGAAAGCCUUCCCAGAAGAGUGGAGGCUGUUAUAGCAGCAAAGGGAGGACCAACUCCAUAUUAAUGCCUAUGAUUUUGGAAUGAGUAGCUCGACGUGCAGGUGUUUACAUACUUUUGGCAGUGUAGUAUAUUUGUCUUUGAGCAUUUCAUAUAUAAAUGUAAUAUGUUGAUUUUUAUUGAGUUUUUUUGUUGCGUCACCUUGAAGUCGGUCAACUGUUCUUGGCUAAUGUCUAUAUUGUCUGGUCUGAUACCCGAAGUCCUCGAGUCCAAAUCCUUAGCGUCCGAGUCCUUUACAUUACAUUACCGUUCUCCUAGCAGCGGGAUAUUAUGCUUGUAUUUGGUUAGUAGAGACCCUACUGAGUAUUUCCCACCCCACUUUAGCCGAGGAAAGGUAUAAAAGUUCUCUACAAGCCAAUAUGUAUCCCAUGUACGGUCUAUUAGUGUAUUGCAUUUGGGGCUAUGGAGGGGGCGAAGAACGAAUUGGUGCUGGAAGUUGCAAGUCAUGAAAAUCAAGUUCUAGACUCAAGUUUCCUACUACAAAACUGUCUUAACCCUCCCUACUGGAACAGCUACAAUUUCAUAAUUAUUCAUAAACCUUCAGUUUAAAGAAAGUGCAUGCUUCGGACAUACCAUUGAAGACUAAGAAUAGCUGUCAGAAUUCAGCUGAAAGCUCUGAAAUCUUGCAUUCAAAACAAACCAAAAUGCCAGUGUCUUCAUUACAACGCUCCAUCUCCAACUUGAACAAGGCGGUUGUUGACUCCAUCGUGGCCGAGAAAUAGAUAUAUAUAUAUUUUUAAAUAGUCACAAUUCUGACUUGCGGGCCUUUCAAAUGCCAGAUGUGCACUUUGAUGUGAUGGAGCACUGCAUGCUGUUUUCAGCAUUUCCCCCAAAGUCACAGAGAAACCUUGGAGUAUGGAUUCAGCUUAACUGUCUUUGACAAUAGCAUGCAUUUUAUUGGAGACAAGGGGGAAAAAAACACUGAAUUAGGCCUCUGUUGCACUGUUUUACAAGAGUGAUUUUUAAAGGCCAAACAACAAUGGACAUAUUCAAAUGGUUCAAUAGACAACGGCCAAUGUGCAUAAAGAUGUGGGAAUUCGAAUAUAGUAUGAUGUCAUUGUUUUAGCCAUCUGAAAAAAAUGAACAGAACAUGCUUGGAACCUCUAACCCUGUCAAUUUGACUGGUGUACUCAUGGGUCCACUCGCAAAUGGCUGCCUGAUUUAUUGUGACGCACUCAUUUCCAAGGUGAUGUAGAAUGUUAAUUGAAAUUGUUACCUGAUGUGGUUCAUUCAAUGGAAUGUGUUUUUGUAAUGCCUAUUUGAGUUGAAUCAACAAAUCACAGCACAUAUUGAUGUGUACAUGUCCUGCUCUGCUCCUAUGCAAGUAUACCCAAUGGAUGCCAGUGACAUCCGGACAACUUUGAGAAAAAACACUUAUCACAGUUGUCGCGAGAUGGUGAAGCAUAUUCAUGACAUGAGGAAAGUAGAAUAGCAUCUCUCGCCAUUGAAAACAGGCAAUAGACGUCAGCACCACACAAUUAUUCAAAAAAAGUAUUAAAAUAACGAGAUGUAUCUACCAAUCCAAAGAGGGGAAAAGGCGGAGCUUGAUAGCCCGCCGUUCCGCUCUGUGGACAAGAAAUCCCAUUUUGGGGGUGGAAACAUAGGUGUCGUCAUUAUAUCCAAAACUCUGUUCUAAAGUAGGGGUCUGAGCGGAUUGUCGGGUGCUGGAACAUAGUUAUAAUAAUCUGUACACUGCAAAUUGACCACGACUGCCCAAAAAUGGAUUUGUUAUUUUCAGAAACAGUCAUGUCUCAAUGUAAUAAAGGUAUGAAAUGAU